AUGAAAAGACUGGGUGAGCGUGCAGGAGAGGUUGUUGAUAUGACUAAGUGGUCACUAUUCUACACUUUCGAUGUCAUGGGACUAGUCACUUUCAGCAAAGAUUACAAACAGCUGGACGACGCAGAGGAGCAUUUUACUAUUGCGGCCAUGCAUUCGCAAAUGGAGAUCGUUGGAAUAUUUGGUGCGAUUCCUUGGAUAGUGCCCAUAUUGACAUCCAUUCCCGGCUUGAAAGGACCACUCGAAGUUUUCGUCAGAUAUUCCAACGCUCAAAUUGAUGAGAGAAAGGCGGAAUGGAAUCAAGACCCAGAUCCAGAGAAAAUGCCAAAGGACGUCACCUCUUGGUUAAUCAAGGCAAUGCAGGAGGGUGAUCCGUCUGCACCAUCUACUAUUGAGGCAUUCCAUGACGAUGGUCGAUUAGCCAUUAUUGCUGGAAGCGACACAACUGGAUCGACGUUGACCAAUAUUUUAUAUUUCCUUGCCAAGCACCCUGAGGCGUACAAAAGGUUACAAAAAGAGUUAGACGACAUCAAGUCAAGCGGAGGCGAUGUAUCCCAGAUUCCAUACCUUGACGCGAUCAUAUCAGAGGCGCUUCGCUUGAGGCCAGUUUUACCUAGCGGACUGAAAAGAAACACACCACCUGAAGGUUUACUUGUCGAUGAGGUAUGGAUUCCAGGAAACACGAUCGUCUUUGCAGCUCAACAUGUCAUCCAACGAGAUGAGCGAAAUUUUGAGAAUGCAUUGGAAUUUAUUCCAGAAAGGUGGCUGGAUGAGGGAAAGUAUUUACACAAGAAUGACCAAGCGUGGUUCCCUUUCAGUAUAGGUAUGUUAUCCAUGUUCCAACCCUCUUGGUUAUACACCGUGACACUAAUGCAUAUUCAAGGUCAUUACUCCUGCGUUGGCAGGCCACUAGCUCUUAUGCAAAUUCGAACUGUCCUCCAUCGUAUUGCUAGUGAAUUCGAUCUCUCAUUUCCGCCUGGAGAGGAUGGUCGCCAUUUCUGGGAGGAGACAAAAGAUACUUUCACGCUGAUGUGCCCAGCUCUUCCAGUGGUUUUGACCAAACGAGAGGGGGCAACGAGUCAGUCUUAG